GCAACUUUUAGCAACAAAUCGACCUGCCUCUAGCAACUUCCCCUGAAAAUUUGUUGGCAAAAUUGCGCCUUCCCGCCUACGUUCUAUAUGGAACACGAUCUACUCACGACAUACCGCUGUCAGGCCGACGUCGGCGAGAUGUACAGUAUGUGUAUGUGUUAAGUUAAGAUGUCAGACAGCAAAGCCCCUGGUGACCCUGCUGGGAGUUCAGAGGUCGCAGAGACAGAGGCCCCACCACUGCAGACCUCCACUGUGACGCCACCAGACAGUGCUCCACAGACACUACCUGGAGAGAGCACCACACAUAACUCCACAGAUGUCCCCCCAACCAGGAACGCAAGGAAAACCAGGAAGAGACCAGAUCCAAAACCUCCAGUUGAAGUCCACAAGACUCAGGAGGAGAAACCUAAAGUAGAUGGAGAGCCAGCCAAGACAUCCAUUGAGUCAACAGUAGUCCAGGGAGGAUGGGGCUACUGGGGGAGCUGGGGAAAGUCCAUCAUGUCAACGGCCUCGGCCACUGUGGCCACUGUAGGUCAAGGGAUCACCCAGGCUAUUGAGAAGGCAGAGACUUCUCUGGGAAUCCCCAGCCCCACAGAGCUGUCUGCACAGAUUGGAGAGGAGGACAAACAAGAGGGUGAACCCAGUAAUGAGACUGAUAAAGGGGAAGGAGAUGGGGCAUUGGCUAUGGGAAGCGCCAUUGGAAUGUUCUCAUCCCUCAGCAGUGUUGUUCAAAGCACCGGGAAAACGGUCCUAACAGGGGGUUUAGAUGCCUUGGAGUUCAUAGGCAAGAAGACCAUGGAUGUCAUAGCAGAGGGAGAUCCAGGGUACAAGAAAACAAAGGGUCUGAUGAACAGGACUAACACUCUUUCUCAGGUCUUACGGGAGGCCAAGGAGAGAGAGGAGCAGGAAACAGCCAAGGAGAUGUCCUCCGACACAGAAAAUAAGGCCCAUUACGGAAUGCUGUUCGAUGAAUUCCAGGGCCUAUCCCACCUGGAAGCUCUGGAAAUUCUCUCCAGGGAGAGUGAGUCAAAGGUAAAGUCUGUUCUGACCACUCUGUCUGGAGAAGAGCUGGACCAACUUAAAGAGGACCUGGAGCUCAUAAAGGAACCCUUCUCUCUGGUGGAGUUUGAUGAGGAGGAGGUGAACGAAAAGAAAGAUGAAGAUGGAUCUGAGUUUCUGAGGGAAUUAACAGGGGCCCUGGAUGGACUACACAUAUCCACAAAAGCUGACAAACUUGGCAAGGUGAGUAAGAAUGCAUGUGACCAGAUUGCCCAAAUGACCAAACUCAUAAAGGAAGAAGGGAAUGAAGAGGAAGUGGCAAAAACCUAUACUGUUGAGGAUGUCCACUCGUUGGCCAUCAGAAACCUGGCUGAGCUCACAGCCAGAUCCAUAGAGCAGUUCCACAAAGUGGCCGAGAUGAUCCUGUUCUGUACCAGCCAGGAGGUCACCACUCUGGAGCAGGCCAAAAUCCUCUCGCAAAUAACAAUUGUUUUGUGUAAAGAGAUAUCAUUACUUUCCAAGAAGUUCACCUCCUGUUUAACUACAAUAGGGUCAAAUAAAAAGGGAGAUGUCCUCAAUCCACUCAUAACAGGAGUAUUUUUGGAGGCUUCCAACAGUGCAUCAUACAUCCAGGAUGCCUUCCAGCUCCUCAUGCCUGUAUUGGAGGUGUCCCACAUUCAAAGGAGUGCUGACUCUACCCAACAGUGAACGUAUCCCUCUCUCUGCUGUGCUAGCAAGGGACCCUGACAAACAAAAGCAUUGACAUGUCAUUGCGGUUUUAAAAACAUUUACUUCCUCAGCUGUCAUUCAUAUUUAGUUUGAAGCCUAAACUAAAUUGUCAUGCCUCAGAAGAAAUGCACCGUUGAUAGUGUUUACUCGUCAUGGGGUAUUGUAAUGCUUUUGCUGUUGUGUAGCACAGUAGAUAGACCAAUGCACAUUAUUUGAGGAGGCGAGCUGACGUGUUUGAAUGACACUGACGUCUGCAUUUCUCACGUGUCCAUGUCUCUAUUUAACAAUUACUAUGAUUCAAUUCAUUAUUCAUAACACCAGGAUUCAGGAUAACCUCAAGUACUUAACCAAGUAUACAGGCUUCUGUAUUACAGAUGAGUGUGAUAUUGCUUUGCCAUACCUCCCUAUUUAUCUGCAAAUGUAAUGUUUAAACAGAAUAUUAAUAAUUGAAUGAAUGAACAACUAUUUUAAUUGUUUUAAUGUGAAAAGUGGUAACUUGUGUCUUGGAACUAUAUCAGGUUUUCCUUGGACAUUUGGAGCUACAUAACCGUCAGGUAUUUUAUGCUUCUCAAAUCAAAGUAAUUUCUUAAACAAAAGCCUAUUACAGCUUUGUAUUGAUUAUUGUGGAAUACCAAAGCCCAAGUGAAGAUUUGCAUAAAUGUGACACUUUGUAAAGCAUUGAGUUUGUUAAAACCUUUGCAAGCCAAUGAACUCCUGGAUAAUUUGUUCUUUAUUGUGCUGAAAACUUGCUGUACAUGUGGUUUGUUGUCAUGACCCCCAUUGGCAACUAUAAAGUUCAAAACUAUA